CAGAGUAGCUGAUUUAAUUGCGUAAUAGCUUUGUUAUUGAGGUUUGAGUUAGCUUGCUGCUGAACGGGAGCUAACGUGUGCUAGCUUGUUGCGAUAAGUUUCAAUUUCCCGAGUAUCUGUUUGGCGGUGAUAUCAGUAAUGCGGAGUUGAUGCUGAAGCUCCGUGAAAAGCCGCAGCAUGUUCCCCCGCAGCGCUGCACCGAGGGGCCGGUCAGCCCACAGUCAUGGUUCGUACCCCCCGCCCGCUGUGCCUCGAUAUUAUGAUUACAGCCACCAAAGAGCGGCUGGUGUCAACAGUUUCCAUGUUCCUGGACCAGAGAUGUUGCCUGUAUAUGAGUGGAAGCCUACACCACCCAUGCCCCGAAUUCCUCCGCCUCACACAUCAACUAUGAUUAAUGGGCGGAAGAGGAGUCGUGAUGAAUACAGCCCCUAUGUUCUGAAGCGCCAGCGCCUUGAGUCUUCUUCCCGCCCACUAAUAAGUUCCUCUCCAAUUCAGACCCCUCCUCUCCUCCAUCUCCCUGACCAAGAGGUGGCAGGGUCCUCAAGAUCAGCCUUCACUAGAAAUGAUCGCUCUUAUCACAGCCCACACUCCCAUCUGCACCCUCAGGUGUCUGUGAUCCCAGAAGACCCCAACAGUUUGCAGGUUUAUGCUAAAGACAAGCUGAGUGGUCAGAUGGUGGAGUUGUUUGAGGCGUGCCAGCAGCAAUCUUCCGAUUUGGUCCAGAAGGAGAUGUGCCGUACUCGGCUGCAGCAGGCCGUACAGGGUGUCUAUGCGGUGGGACGACUUUACUUGACUGGAUCCUCUAUGAAUGGAUUAGGCUGCCGGAGCAGUGAUGCUGAUCUGUGUCUGGUCCUCAAGGGAAAUAAAAGACAUGAUCCAAUUCAAGUACUGUCUGUCCUCCAAAGAUUGUUCAAGUCACUGUCAUAUGUAGAAAGGACUCAGCUGAUCAGAGCCAAAGUGCCAAUCCUCAGGUUCAGAGAGAAAGGCAGUGAUCUGGAGUUUGAUCUGAAUGUCAACAACACGGUGGGCAUCAGAAACACAUUCCUUCUGAGGAGUUAUGCCUAUGCUGAUAUCAGAAUAAGACCCAUCAUCCUUGUUGUAAAGAAAUGGGCACAUCACCAUCAAAUCAACGAUGCCAGCAAAGGAACGUUAAGCAGCUACACACUGGUGCUGAUGGUGCUGCACUACCUUCAGACUCGUGAUGCACCGGUCCUUCCCUCUCUACAGAGGGACUAUCCAGAGUGUUUUAAUCCCCUUUUGGACAUCAACGCCAUUCCAGAGGGCCCCAAACACAUCCCCCCCUACAUCUCAAGAAACCAGUCCUCUCUGGGAGAUCUGCUUCUGGGAUUUCUCAAAUACUACGCCACAGAUUUCAGGUGGGAUAAGCAGGUGAUCUCUGUUCGAGAGGCCAGAGCUUUGCCCAAGAACCACUCUAAAGAAUGGAGAAACAAAUUCAUGUGUAUUGAAGAGCCAUUCGAGCGAAACAAUGUUGCCAGGGCAGUCCAUGAGAGGGUCAAGUUUGAUGCCAUUAAAGCUCAGUUUGUUGAGUCAUGGCGGAUACUACAGAAGAGGAAGGACCUGAACUCGAUCCUCCCUGUCAGAGCCAUCAUUAAUAAGGAGUCAUCCAAGAGAUAAGGGGAUUCCUCUAAUUAGACGAGCUGACGGGAGUCUUCUACCUCACGACAGGCCUUUCCCCAAAAAUGAUGUAAGAUCUUGCUGACACAGGAGCCCCGAGCAUCCAAGCCGAACAGUCAGGUAGUCUCUGGCGGCCCUCAGUAACAGUCACCUACUGUAUGUCCUAUUGAAAAUACUGCACUUACUGUCAAUGCUUUUGUUGUCUUUGCCACAUUUUUGUAACUGAUACAAUUGCAGUAAGUGAAAGUGGAGGAAAAAUACAUUUGUGGAGUGAAACCAGAAGGCUCUGGAAUCAAACUGGAUGUAAGAGACGCUGCACUGAAGCAGCAAGUCAGUGUUGUUAGAGAUGGUUAUUGUUACAAAACGGACCUCUUUCUCACAUAACCCUCCUGGCAAGUGAUUCAUAUUGAUAAAGUAUGAGAAAAUGCAAAAUGACUUGUAACCUGCUCGUAUCUGGAGUUAAAAUGGAAACAGUAGCGUUAACGUUUAACAGACUGUCUCCUCUGAUCUCAGUUUUAGUGACAUCCAUAUCGUCAUUUUUGAAGAUGCCAACUUGUUUCAUAUGUUUAUAUAUAAAAUGUGUUCAUCCUGUCUGGAACAAUUUGUAACUUGAAAGUAUUUUUAAAAUAUUUUCUAUGUCAGCAGUGAAGCUAUUGUGGGUUUAAACUCGAUAGACACCUUCUUUCUACAGCUCCAUUAAAGGCCCCUGUUUUUUCAUUAUGUACAUCUGUUUGCAGGUCUGAAAACUGAGCUUGUUUUUAAGUGAUAUUUAAGUUAGGUUCCCAAUUUAAGUGACUCUGAGGUAAUGACCAGAGGCCACCUUUAUUACUCACCUUUAUUACUCCUAUGUUGUAUUAAUUUCCCUGUGCAGUGUUUAGACUGCCAUAUUUUGUUCUUUUUCUUUUUUCCUCAUUGGUUUACAUUUUUCCUUGGCUCUUUUUGUACAUU